GGAGGGUCAGUCCUUCCACAAGCUAGACGAUGGACCAGAAUAUCAUACUCACCGCUGCGGCUGCACGGUUUGCCAGCUGUGAUACACUUGUUGGGAUAACACUCUUCGGCUAUGACUACCUGCUCAUGCUGCCGAAGGAGAUCGAGCACAUCUGGCAUUCCCGGUGGACGCCCGGCAAAGUGCUGUUCAUCAUCGUCCGCUACAUGCCCUUCAUCGACAUGCCAGUAUGGCCCUUCGCGGAUGCGUUCAUGGGCGCCAACCUGCCACUGGACUGUAACACCGCAACAUACUACACGAUCGUGACGUUCAUCAUCGCUGCCUGCCUUGCAGACUUCACGUACGGUCUCCGAACAUGGGCACUCUGGAACCGGAACAAGUUCUUCGGGGCAUUUCUUGUCCUCUCCGGGAUCGGGUUCAACUUGAGCUGUAUCCUCUUGCUAGCGGUGUUGCAGUCGGGAGAAGCGUCCAUCCGGAUACCUGGGCUGCAGGGGUGUUUCUCCCCUCCGUCGACGAAUGAUGAUAUGUGGAAGGCGUAUUUGCUCACGACGAGUUUCCAGCUGGUUCUCUUCCUAGCAACGAUUGGGAAGGGUAUCCAGCAUCUAACCCGACAUCCGGAACGGUUGACCGCUGUGCUCUACAGAGACGCGUUCUUGUCCUUCUUCGCCCAGCUCGCCAUAGGGUACAUCAAUGUCAUCCUCCUCCGAGCGACCGGCGAACCCAACUACUCCCUCAACCUGACCUACCGAGCUCUCACUUCCAACCUCCCUUCCCGGAUCAUAAUCAAUAUUCGGGAAGCGGCGACUGGGCUGGACAGGUGGGACUGUACGACCGGGGACGUGGUGAGCGGGGUGAGUGGGGUGGAGAGGGGGAGCGUCGCUUUGGAAGAUCUGGAUAUUGGACGAGCGAGGGUGGGACGGGGAGUGGGGAUUCGGGAGAUAUUACAGGCUUGAGCGGUGACUUCUAAGCCUAAGAACCCAUAUUUUUCAAAUGGUCUGUAUGUAUGCUAACGAUAUUCUUCAACGCUGCACUGUAUUUACGCCGCAUCCAAUAGUACACAUU